GCACUUCCAACGUGAAGGCUGGGCAUGUGUUUGGUAUUCCUAUCGCUGGCACGCAUGCUCAUGCUUUUGUAAAUAGCUUUCAUUCAUUAGAUGAUCUCGAUGAGGAGACUAGGAAAUCACCUGAUCGUAGGAGAAGCAAUCACAGUGGAUGCUCAUGGUCUUCUGCUUCAGCUCAGUCUGUCCCUGCCAAAGUGAACACGCAUGAGUUUGUUAACUGCUGUAACGAUGGAGAACUGGCGGCCUUCAUCCGCUACGCCCAGGCGUUCCCUACCACCUUCUUGGCACUUGUCGACACGUAUGAGACUAUUUUAUCGGGAGUACCCAACUACCUCAGUGUUGCUCUUGGUCUAUGGAGGGUUGCUGGAAUACAGGCGGUGGGCAUUCGCCUGGACAGUGGCGACCUUGCGUAUGUAUUUGAGCAUGAGAGCUCGGGAAGUGUUUUCAACGACUGCUGA